GGAUACACUCUGCUGCUUCCUCCCCUUGCACAGGAUCAGCACAGGGGGAUCCGAGGCAUCUCAUCCCACCCAUGUAAAUCCCAGUGUGCGCCCCCUGGUGCAGAAAGCUGAUGAUAAGGUCUGUGAGGAGAAGCUGAACCAUGGACGGGCACAACUAUCAGUACUCCAGAGAGUUCUACGACCGCUAUGCCCAAGGCCAAGAGAAGUCUGUGGUCAAUAAGAUGCAGCAGAAGUAUUGGAAGACCAAGCAGACGCUGAUCAAAGUCACUGGGAAGAAGGAAGAUGAGCACGUUGUGGCCUCAGACUCCGACCUCGAUGCCAAACUUGAGCUUUUUCAUUCUAUCCAGCGAACGUGUAUGGAGUUGUUGAAGGUGAUCGAGCAGUAUCAGAAAAGGAUUUGUUUUUUAUCCCAAGAGGAGAACGAACUGGGGAAAUUUCUCCGUUCCCAGGGUUCCCAAGAUAAAACAAGGGCUGGAAAAAUAAUGCAAGCCUCAGGAAAAGCUCUUUGCUUCUCUUCACAACAGAGAUUGGCUCUGAGAACCCCUUUAUCUCGGCUUUAUCAAGAGGUGGAGACCUUCCGCUACCGAGCAAUAUCUGACUGCUGGCUGACAGUCAAUAGGAUGGAGCAAGCGAGAACUGAAUAUCGAGGAGUUUUGCUGUGGAUGAAAGAUGUUUCCCAAGAACUGGACCCAGAUAUAUACAAGCAGAUGGAAAAAUUCAGAAAGGUUCAGGCACAAGUGCGUCAUACCAAAACUGCGUUUGAUAGGCUGAAAACUGAUGUAUGUGAAAAAGUGGAUCUUCUCAGAGCCAGUAGAUGCAACCUGUUAUCUCAUGUGCUGACAUCAUAUCAGACAACACUACUUCACUUUUGGGAGAAAACAUCUCACACAAUGGCUGCCAUUCAUGAAAGCUUCAAGGGCUACCAGCCAUAUGAAUUUACUACACUAAAGAGUUUACAAGACCCUGUCGAUAAACUGUGCCGUCAAUCCAAGAAGAAGCCAAAAGCCAAGGAAACCCCUCCCGAAACAAAGGACAAUGACCAACUGAUCUCUUUAGAUGAACAGCAGCAGAACGAGACUGAAUCUGUGUCAUCAGCCGAACUGGAUAAAGGGAACACCCCCACGUUUGAUGGUACAUUGGACGACUUGUUAGAUAUGAAAGCCGAGGAGAAGUUUAUCUUUGAGGAAUGUGCCACAUCCAAUGACCUACUUGCAGAUCCCAUUGAGGCUGAUUCUCUGGAGAAGGAUGAAAUGCGUCUGUUGAACGAGAUCUUAAGUGCGUCUUCCUUGGAUAGCAGUGACCUCGGCAAAGAGUGGACGGCCAUGUUCGGAGAGCCCCUGUAUAAUGCUCAGCCUUUAAGCCCGGCACCUCCAGAACCAGAGCAGAAAGCAGAAUCCUCAUCUGGUUUCCUUCCUUCACAGUUGCUGGACCAAGAAUUUGGUGGCUUCCAGGCUUCAUUACAAGGCUGGUCAGCCAACACUGGGGCCUUCUUACCACCACCAUCAUCAUCCUCUUCACCAUCCUGUUUCCCAUCCCCACCCUCUAACCUCAAUCAGAAUAUAAACAGGAACCCGAUGAAAGAUGCAUCAAAAAGCACAAAAGAUCUGUCUACUUGGUACAACCUUUUCGCCGACCUCGACCCUUUAUCCAACCCAGACGCCGUGGGGAAAACCGAUAAGGAACACGAACUUCUCAACGCCUAAGAAGAGGCCGCAUCACUGCCCACACCAAGCCGACGGGCACAGAGAAGGGAGCGCAGCACACGUGCCACUACUGAUUUAACCCUGAAAUGUUCUUCUUUCUUCUCUGGGCGUAAUGGAGGAGGCGGGAGGCGGGCGACGUCCCUUCGGAUAAGUUACCCUGUUUGCCAAAACACCUGCCGGACUCGCUGCCAAACUUUUAAAGGGGGAAAUUAUUCGGAAGCUAUUUUUCUACUCAGUCAUAUCGUCAUCAUUGUGUUUCCACCCAAAAUAUGCUUGGCUCUAAUACAGGAUUUUAGUUUUGUUUUUUUGUGUUUUUUUCGUAUGGAUGAAAUGGGAUUUUUUUCUGUUCAGAAUAAUUUAUUUGGAUGGGAGCAAAAAUCUUUCAUUGGAGGAUAACAGGGAAGGAUCAUCUCCCCCAGCAUGCACUGUUUUCAUAUCUGGGUUAUAGUUGAAAAAGUUUAUCUUGGAUUAGGAAAAAAAAAACAGCGCCGCCCCUGUCCUCAGGUUGUGUGUGGUAUUGCAGCUCCGUUCCAUUGAAGCGAGUGGAGCAGAGAUGUAAUACCGCUCACAACCUGGUGCUGUUUUUUUUUUUUUUUUUUUUGCUUUGUUUUUCUAUUUCUGGAUUGAAGAGUAGUCACCAAGACGUCCUCUUCUGUUGAUAUGGGUAAACAAAGUGACAACCCGUACCGUUGCGGAUCACCCAGCUUUUCUUACACUACUGAACAGCAAAGCUUCCUAGUUCUGCUACAGAAUGAGAUAAUGGACUCGUCACUCAAGAUGUCAUCCAUCUUUCCUAAAUGACUCAACAAGUGUACCAAGUGUUUAACACAUAGAAGAACUACAACUUCCAUCAUGCCCAUGAUAAAAGUUGUAGUUUUUCAACACCCGCAGAGUCACAGGUUGGUGAAUACUGAUCAAGAUCAGGUUGUACCAACUAGUGCACCUCCAGCUGUUGCAAAA